AGUAGGCACGGUCACAGCUGUCAGAAACGCGGUCCUUUUCGAGUGUUGCGAAAAUGUAACGAAAGUUCGAACCAUUUCGUCGCAAGCCACGAGCGAGGGAACAGUGUUUUGCGAUGGAUUUCCUCUCCACCGUGGCCAACAUUUUCGAUGGCGACUGCCCAAUUGCCAUCGAUCAGCGAAGGAAGGACUACGCGCCGGACCAGUUCGUGCUGUCGGAGUACAUCGGUGAAAUCGGGCUGUGGCUCGAUGAAAAGCUCAGGGACCACGAGUUCCGCACCCCGCAGCGGAACGAACCGAUCGAAGGUAGGCUUGGCCCGCGACGCACCGUCUUCGAUGCGACCGAGGACGGGUCGAUACUCAUUUCGAAGGAUAAGCUAACGCUACAGUCCCAGAAUGCUUUCUCGACGGUGAAGGCGAACUGUUGUGUGUACAGUGGCCGGUGGAUGUACGAGGUUCAACUUCGCUCGAAAGGCGUUAUGCAAAUUGGCUGGUGUUCGUCUCAUUGCAAGUUCACGCAGGACACGGGCGUCGGUGACACCCGAUACAGCUACGGGUUGGACGGGAGCAAGCAACGUAUUUGGCAUGUUUACACGCAGAAGUAUGGCCCGUUCUGGCGAUCGGGAGAUAUUUUCGGCGUAUGCGUUGAUAUGGAUGCGGGACACAUCGAGUACUACCGGAACGGGGCGCCGCUUGGGGAAGCCUUCAGGGACAUUGAACGGGGGCCCGGGUUGGCUUUGUAUCCCGCCGUGUCGUUGGCGUUUAACGACAGCCUCACGGCGAAUUUCGGUGGAUCACCCUUCAAGCAUCAUGUCGAGCGUUACAGGCCACUCCAGGAGGCCCCGUAUAUUGCUCUAUACCAAGCGGAUUGUCUGUUAAAAUAUCUAGUCAACCUAUCCGGGACAAUCUCACAGCACGGUCGAACUUCCGCUAGUGGUCAGCAACGUUCCUCCACCAAACCCCAGUGCGUCACAGCGGAGUCGAUGUACAUGCUUCUGGCUGGAUGCCUCAUCGAACGGAUCGCCCCACUGCUGGCCAACUCGUACGUCGUAGAGGACAAGGUGUUUAGCUACAUCCGGGGCAUGUGCGUGCUGCGAAGUAACAGCGGGGGCAAGAACGAAGCACCGACGCAACCGGGCGCCCCCGAGUCCACCCUCGGGACGUUUCUCACCCUCCUCUGGACCUACCUGGAGCUGGAUGAGAUGAAGCUGUUCCUGAAGAAGUUGCUCAAUUUCCUCGCCAACACGUACAAGGAAACGCCGGUGGAUUUGGAGUACGAAAAGCAGCGUAAGAUCAUCGUCAUCCUCACGUGCAUCUGCAAUCAUCCGGCGACGCGGAAGUACCUGCUCGAGUACAAGUUUUUCAAGAAGAACUGCCUGCCCCUUUUCCUCUACACGAAGCCACCGGAUGAAUCGACACUGGAACAGCUACUGCCGGACGAUCACAUCUGGACCGAAGGGCUCGGUGGAUCGAAGGAGAUAUACUUGGCCGCGUGCGAGCGCCUAAAAGCGCACACUUCGGUGCUGUACACCCUGCAGAAGAACCUGAUACAAAUUCUCAUGAACAACGGGGACGGCAAUGAGACCAGCUCCCCGAGCAGUCGUCGAAUCUUUGUGGCUAAAGUUCGGAAAUUCGUCAUGGACAAUAACGUUGAGAUGCGGGGCUUGUACUCAUCAACAACACAGCCAGCCAUCGGGUUGUCCUUCCUCUGCACGUUGCUCGAUGUUGCCAAAAGCCUCUGGGAGGAAGAGUGCGUACAACGGGGUUCCGGAGUGGAUCGUAAAAGCGUACCACCAGCUAUCGACUGCCAGUUUUUCUACGAUGGAACGUUCAAGUACGCCAAUCUAGACCGAAUUGGCGGUGUACUAUCCUACCUGAGGAAGCAUUUUCGGGCACAGCUGGUCGAAAAGCUUGGUGCGGACCAUCCCAGUGUCGCCUCUGUCGAUCAACCGAGCGAUUUGAGGAGUGAAAUUGCUGCGUUCAACGUAUUUCUCGAUUCGGCCAUGUUUCUCGUGUCCGGUGGACCCAACACUGCCUACUCGCUAGUCUCCCGUGCGGCCAACAGUGGUCCGGAUCGCCAUCAGCAGACAAAUCAAGCGCAUCCAGCAUCGAUAGGGUUGGAUGAAAACUCCUCCGGCAUUACUCCGGGAACCUCUGCGGGAAAAUGCACAUCCGGGGCGAUCGGUUGUGGACCGAUGGACUCGUACCGAGCCGUCUGUGAACUGCUCGAUUGUUGCGUGGUUUUCUACAAUGCCAUAGCGCACAAGUACGUCGUGAUGAUAGCGGAUUUGCGCGAUAACAUAUCGCACCUUUCGGAUAUUCUGCUCGAAACGAAGAGCAACUGUGACGAGGUGCUGCACAACUUGGAGGAACUAAAACGAUGCGCCCGGACGGAUGGAGGGCCGGGCUCGGCCUACAAUCGAUUGUCGCAUGAGGAGCUGCUGCACGAACUGGACGCCCGUUUUGGACAGCGGAAAAGUAUCUUUGCGAAACGAUCGAUGGAACUCGCCCGCAAACAAGCCUGGUAUCGCUCGGUAGCCCUCGGAACGCAUCGGAGGGGUCUGUUGUGCUGGCUCCUUGGGAUCAUCUUCGAGACUUUGCACAACUUCAGCUCGGAGGAGAUCCUGUUCGCGUUCCUGCCCGAGACGUACAUCAACGUCCUGCCGAUCCUGCUCGACACGGUGCUGGACUUUAGCUUCCACGACACUGCCAUCCAGCAUGACCUCACCGGCGAUGCCAAACUGAUCGCAUCGGCUGCCAACUUUCUUGCCAAACAUCUGGCCGAUCCGCGCGUCAUUCUGGCAUCCUGCAAAGACGCCCUCAUUCAAGCCCUGGGUUCUCUGACCUGCCACGAGGCGGGCAUUCGGGCGCUAGAACAGUCAACGCCGGAAAAUCAGCAGGCACUCGUCCGCGCCCUGCUGCGACCGUACGAAAACCGGGCAUGGGGUCAGAGCAACUGGUUGCUUCUGAGAUUCUGGCUCGGGGAUGGGUUUGCCUAUCGGGAAUCACGCCCACCGUGCGUUUGGCAGACGGGCCGGGAUGCGACGGCCGUACGCUCUUUGGGAUUGUACCGUAGCCGUUCGAAAAAUGGCUCGCACACCGGACUGCUCCACCUGAUUGCACCCGCGUGUCCGUCGAAACACUUCCAGCGGCUAAUCAGCGAAACGCUCAGCCGGGACGAACCGUACUGUACGACGUUCCUGAACUCGGUACUUUCGCAGCUGAACUGGGCGUUUUCGGAGUUCAUUCACAUCCUACAGGACAUACAAAACAUAUCGCAACGCGACGAACAGUUGGUGAUUGAAACGAAGCAGCUGAAAAUCUGUUCCAUGUGCUUCGAGCUGACCGUCUCGCUGAUGCGUGCGCUGGAAAUGAUCGUCACCAUCACGCCGAGUCUGCUGCAGGACGGUACACGGGCGAACGGCGAAAUCAUUCUCAGCCGCAUCUGCCAGCUGGCCAUACAGGUGCUUUCGCGGGUAACCGUUCCGCCCGGGUGCUUCCAGCACGUGAUGGACCUCUGUCUGCCCGAUCUGAGCAAUGUGACACACUUUGCCAUCAUCAGUGCCGCCAUCGGGAUGCUACUAGCGUUGAUGCGCCACGAGCUGCUGGGUGAGCGGACCGGCGGCGGUUCUUCGGAGUGCAUCACGAAGAUUCCUCGCAUUUCCAAGUUCCUGCUGACAGACACGAGCUUUCACGUCGCUAGCUUGGAGUACGCGCUGGGGGAAGUGAAAACGCCCAUCACGAACCAGAACGGCGAGGCACCGAGGGGCAAUUUUGAUCCGAAAAUGCGUGCCCACAUUGACCCGCUGACGAACGAGGUGCGAGUUCCGUCGCCUUUCCGUAAAGGUGGUUCCGGUGCCUGUGCUGGUGGUCCGAGUGGAAGCGGAGUUUGUGGUGGUUCCGUUGGCGUAAAGGAGAUCAUACCUGAUCCACCGAUCAUUAAAUUCAAUAUGGCCGAUUAUGUGAGUCACGUUUUGCCGGAUGAAGUUGGCCAGAUUGCGAGACUAAUCGAAACGUUACAGCUGCGCCAGACGUUGCUCUCUGAGAUCACGAUUCUGUCGGAGGAUUCACUGUGUCCCAUUUGCUACGCCAAAUCCAACUCAGCCGCGUUCGAUCCUUGUCAACAUCAGUCGUGCGAAACCUGCAUCAUGCAACAUCUGAUGAACAGUAAACAGUGUUUCUACUGUAAAAUACUCAUCACUCGCGUCACGCGGCAAGACGGGGUAACCAUCUACGAGGCGUGCAAUACGCCACCCGCACCUCCGAACCUGCUUCGCAUGGGAACCUCCCCGCUCGUGAUCACAUCCUCCACCGUACCGAUCGACGGUGAAUCGUCUGUUGAUGCAACCACUACGCCACCUCCUCCUCCCGACGAGGUUGAUGAAUUCGAUGGUCCUGGUGGACCAUGAAACAAAAUUACAUUCCAUUCCCAUUCCCUCAUAACGGUAUUAAUGUAUAUGCUUCUAAAGCAAUGCAAAGACACAACUCCCAUGUUUUUACCUUUUUUUCUGGAAAUGCUUACAGCAAAUCUCAAUCAUGAGCUAAAGUUAGGUUGAAGCUUUGAGCUUAUGAGCAAAAAUUAUGAGUCACACGUGAGGGCAAGACAAACCUAUCGGACGGACCAUGACCUCAUGCAUUCAAUUGUUAGCUAGCGAAAUUGUUUGUGUUCUUUCUGAAUGUCCCGUAACACUUUACCUCAACUCUACACGUUUGCUCAUCUCUAACGAAAUACGUAAGAUAUGUCGCCGGGAGCGGAAAUGCUACUGAAAAUGUUCACAAACUAGAAUAUAAUCGCUUGAUUGCUUGGUGCUACCGUA